AUGGCCAUCAAACACUUGUCUAAAGAUUCUGUGGAACCGCCAAAGGUGCCAGGCUCAUUGCGCUUCUACUCUAUGCGAUUCUGUCCAUACGCUCAGAGGGUCCAGCUGGUGUUGAACGCCAAGGGCAUGCCGCAUGACACGGUGUUCAUUAAUCUGUCAGAAAAGCCCGAAUGGUACUUGAAGAUCUUCCCAGCUGGCAAGGUUCCAGCUUUGAUUUAUGAUGACAAGUUCCUCUCUGAAAGCCUGCUGCUGGCUGAUUUCCUUGACAAACAAUACCCUGAACCGCCUUUGCAGCCUAGCAGUCCUCUCCAGACAAUUUUGGACAAGCUCGUAAUAGAGUCUUUCGGGAAAGUAGGUACAGCAUUUUAUAAGUUAAUGAUGACCACAAAAGAAAUAGAAAAAAACAAUUUUGAUGAACUUGUUGCUAGCUUAAUUCCCAUUGAAACCGAACUAGUUGAAAGAGGAACCAAAUUCUUUGGAGGUAACAAGCCAAAUUUGGUUGACUAUAUGAUAUGGCCUUGGUUUGAGCGUUUAGAUGCCAUAAAUCCAUAUUCGAAUGGAACGUUUGUUAUUCCUUUUGAAGACAAAUUUCCCAAACUGGCAGAGUGGAAAUCCUUAAUGAUUGCUGAUAAGGCUGUUGCAUCGUACUACAUCACUCCAGAAAAGCACGCUGAACAUUUUACAAAAAAAAAGGCUGGAUUACCUGCAUAUGAUAUCUAA